UUAGGAAGGUGUGUAUUCCGCUGGGAGAUACGGUACGUUAGGAAGGUGUGUAUUCCCCUGGGAGAUACGGUACGUUAGGAAGGUGUGUAUUCCCCUGGGAGAUACGGUACGUUAGGAAGUCUAACCAAACAAGCAGAACGACAAGAUGAGUGACCCACCUUCCUAUGAUGACAGCGCUGCGUCGUACCAAAUGUCAUCCGGGACAGAAAAGGCGCCCCCACCAGUCACAUCCAGAGACGUCGAGAUGAAUGCCCCUCCGCCGGCCUACGACUCUUUAUUUGGGAAACUAAAAGAAGCAAAUGAGAAAUCGGAAGGGAAAGUUGACUUUGCCAAAACAGCCAUGGGCAUCGUAUGCGGUUCAGUUGUGUUCAUCAUAUGUGUUGGCCUGAGUUUGGCUCUACCUAUAGCAGAAAUUGCCAUAGGUGCGUCGUACCUUCACGACUGUCCAGCCGAGCGGCUCAUACCAAUUUACCUGAUAGUGGCUGGCGUGUUUGGGACCCUGAAAGGAAUAGGACUUAUAGGUCAGAGUGUUAAAUCGAGAAAAAACAAUACGGAGGGCCCUGAAGAUGAGAAGAAGCAGCCAACAAAUCCAUUUGAUAGCCUUGUUAACCUGUUUUUGUUUGCAUGGUUUAUUUGUGGAAAUGUAUGGGUGUACGGAUUGAAGGAUGAAUGGGUGUCUUCGCCUGCCACCGCUGGGAACUACUGCCACCCUACUCUCUACUACUUCUCCUUCUGGGUCAUCACCACCACCUACAUCAUGAUGGGAGUCGGCUGUCUCGUCGCCUGCAUCAUGAUCGGUGUCUUCUGUUGCGUCGUUGGCAAGAAUUCAGAAUAACAAAGAUGCCAUAUCGUUUUCCAGCUUAGUUGUGAAGCCAUAUCCUUAUUAGAAUUCGAAUUAUUGAGUCGUGUCAGUGAGACAGUAGGAUUAGUGGGAGAGUUAGAUCAGUGUAACGGUCGGAUUAGUGAGCCAGUCGGAUGAGUUAGGGAGUUGGAUCAGUGUAAAGGAUUAGUUGUAGACGACCGGUUCGAUGCACUGACACUUCCCGACAAGGCAUACUACAACCCAUUCAAUGUAUGUACUCCGUUUGAAAGGAAGAUAAAAAGAUAUGUUUCAAUUGAAUGUAUGUCUCUCGGAAACAAAUGUAUUAACAUUUAGUAUUGUACAUGAAGCAUGAUCAAUCAAUGUAAUACGCAGGAGCAUUUUCUAUAACCGAGUAAUGACUUUCUGUUGAGUUUUCAUAUCAUUUUGGUCACGGUUUAACAAGGUUGUACUAUUGGUCGUUACCUAGGGAGAUGUUCCAGUGUUCCUGAUUGAAUUAGGUUCUUCAUGUUGCCAGCUUAAGUAGGGCGAUCGGCUAUAGUAGUGCUUCGUUUGAUUGCCAUGGUUGACAAGGUUCUGUGAGUGAACACAUUAUAAAUUAGGAGUUAAGAGGUAAUCUCAUCACAUCUUCGAUUAUUACUACAAUUAUAUAUAUCCAUAACUGAUUCCCCGAGGGUGUUAAAUACACAAUGUCUAAACAUAUGUACAUUUCUCUAGGUAACUGUUUACCAUCCUGGUACAUGUAUCCCUUUAGGUAACUGUAUACCACCUUGGUACAGGUAUCCCUUUAGGUAACUGUGUACCAUCCUGGUACAUGUAUCCCUUUAGGUAACUGUAUACCACCUUGGUACAGGUAUCCCUUUAGGUAACUGUAUACCAUCCUGGUACAGGUAUCCCUUUAGGUAACUGUUUACCAUCCUGGUACAGGUAUCCCUUUAGGUAACUGUUUACCAUCCUGGUACAGGUAUCCCUUUAGGUAACUGUGUACCACCUUGGUACAGGUACCCCUUUAGGUAACUGUUUACCAUCUUGGUACAGGUAUACCUUUAGGUAACUGUUUACCAUCCUGGUACAGGUAUACCUUAGGUAACUGUGUACCAUCCUGGUACAGGUAUACCUUAGGUAACUUUACACCAUCCUGGUACAGGUAUCCCUUUAGGUAACUGUAUACCAUCCUGGUAUAGGUAUCCCUUUAGGUAACUGUGUACCACCUUGGUACAGGUAUCCCUUUAGGUAACUGUGUACCACCUUGGUACAGGUAUAACUUUAGGUAACUGUAUACCAUCCUGGUACAGGUAUCCCUUUAGGUAACUGUUUACCAUCCUGGUACAGGUAUCCCUUUAGGUAACUGUGUACCACCUUGGUACAGGUACCCCUUUAGGUAACUGUUUACCAUCCUGGUACAGGUAUACCUUAGGUAACUGUUUACCAUCCUGGUACAGGUAUCCCUACAGGUAUCCCUUUAGGUAACUGUGUACCACCUUGGUACAGGUAUCCCUUUAGGUAACUGUACACCAUCCUGGUACAGGUAUACCUUUAGGUAACUGUUUACCAUCCUGGUACAGGUACCCCUUUAGGUAACUGUGUACCAUCCUGGUACAGGUAUCCCUUUAGGUAACUGUUUACCAUCCUGGUACGGGUAUCCCUUUAGGUAACUGUGUACCAUCCUGGUACAGGUAUCCCUUUAGGUAACUGUUUACCAUCCUGGUACAGGUAUCCCUUUAGGUAACUGUUUACCAUCCUGGUACAGGUAUCCCUACAGGUAUCCCUUUAGGUAACUGUGUACCAUCCUGGUACAGGUAUACCUUUAGGUAGCUGUUUACCAUCUUGGUACAGGUAUCCCUUUAGGUAACUGCGUAUUAACUGCGCCAAAUGUAUGUAAAUGUCCCUAGUUUAUUACAGAACGUAGCAACAUCAUCAUUAUAUCUACGUACAAAUGUAUAAUUAGAAUCAAAAUAUGUAUAAAUGUUUUGUAUAUCUUUACAACAUAGCUUUAUCAUUUUUCAAUAUAUAUUGUUAUAUGUAAUACUUUUGUAAUAUUCUCGAUGAUCUUCUUGUUUAUUAACGUUCUGUAUAUUUCUACAUACAUAUCUACUUUUAAAUAAACAUGCUUUUUCAUUAA